AUGGAGGACUCCUGUGACGUCACGAUCGACAGUUCGUCGGGUCACCGCCAGGGCUCGAUCAGGAGUCCGCGCUACCCGCGCCACUACCCGCCCAGCACGGCCUGCAGCUACCGGCUUGUGGGCAACAGCACCGAACGAGUACAACUGAUGUUCCAAACGUUUGACCUCUAUCAUCCGGGCAAGGUCGCAGAGAAGAACUGUCUAGACGCUGACAUUGUUAAGGUGUCCACCAUCAUUGACGGAGGCAAGGCGGAAAUUGACGCUUUCUGUGGCUCGGUGGCAAACCCGAAGAUUCAGCUGAUGUCUACAGGACCCGAGCUUCUUAUUGAGUUCCUCAGCUUUCAGAACACGAACACGGGAACGGGCUUCCAGGCCGAGUACAGAUUCCUGCAGA